GCGGCGGCGAUGACGUCAUUACAGCGUAAAGGUUAAAGUUGACGCGUUUUUAAAUUGUGCAAGGGCUUAUUAAAUAAAUAUUUUUUUUAAACCCAUUAAUUCGUAACAAUACGUUGUGGGGGGGGGGGGAGAUGUCACGGAAUCGCCGUAAAGUUGCCACGAUGUUUUAUUUCGCGAGCGAAUGUUGUAUUUUAUUUUUGGCCGCCUCGGCCCUCACCUCGACGCCGUGGAGAAACAGACGAGUUAUACGAUUGUAAAAGAUAAACAGACGAGUUAUACGAUUGUAAAAAAUAUUUGGAGCCCCCUUUGCGCAAUUCAAAGACCGUAGUAGUAGCGAAGUUACGUUUUCGCAGGCGACUAAUUAUUAGUCCGUGAAAUAUUUCGGUAAAUUGGAUAUCCAAACGUAAACCAACAAAAAAAAAUGCCCAGAAAGAAACGCGCCGGUGUCGGCAACGCACAGGCUAAGGGUCCGAAAACCCCGUACGGCCUACACGCUCCUGCCGGGGAGGAAGCAUGGGAGGGCGGCCCAGGAACUAGCACCACGAGGGGUCAGGUGGUGGAUUCCAUGGUGUCCAUGUUCCCGGACCUGGAUCCUCAGGUCGUCUACAUCGUGCUGGUGGAGUGCGACUUCAGCGCUGACGUGGCAAUGGACUCCCUGCUGGAGCUCAGCGGGGCUGUUGGCCCACGACAGCAGCUGAGAGCAGAAGGUUUGAAUGCCAUUGCUCACGAGCUGAUGAGCGGUGGCAGUAAUUGGAUUGGUGACUAUGAGCAACCAAGGUCAGCUACAAACACCGGUGAUAUCGUUUACACUUCAAGCUCAACGAAAGGACCUGCAGAUGAAUUUAAUUACGUUUAUCCAGCUGACAGUGUUGGCACUGUGUCAUCUGGUGAGCAGAGCAGUGCAAAUUUCAGUAUUGUGACUUCUUCAAUAGAUGACUGGUCUACUUUGAAUCUGCUGCCAUCAGAGGCUGUGAGUUCAGUUUUAGAAGUAUCCUUUCCCUCCAGUAUAGUACAGGAAAGUGUUAUUGGAACCACUCGUUCAGAUCGGCAUCAUCAAAGCAACAGGAGUUCUGAAAAUUGUGGGCCAGUAAGCAGCAAUCUGGAGGGUAGUGGUGUGCCGUUCCUUCAGCAGCCUGCUGAAAAUUGCCAUGUUUCUUUUUCUGAUAAUUACGGAAGUAUAGUUUGCAGUACAAAAGAAAACAUGCGUGCAGACAGAGGUGAAAGUGUUGUGGAUGAAGCAGAGUUAGAACUGCAAAUGGCCAUCAAUGAAAUGGAAGAAAUUCAGCACAAUGAAGGCUCUGCGGUUUUACAAGAACCCCAGUCAAAUGUUGGAGGCUUAGCUGAUUCUGUAACAGAUGGAGUGACACCUGCUGAUCGUGGCGCAAGACAAGAACAUGCAAAAGAUGUUGAUACUUCAUCAUCUUCUCAUGGUUGGAGUGCAUUGGAGAUACCUGAUGCGGCCUUCAGGCCCACAUCUGAUUCUUUAAGAGAAAGUGGACAAACGGUCAAAGUUGAUGGGUCCAUUGAGUCUCAGUGGCAACAAAAUGAGAAUAUUUCCACUGGACAGUGGACACCAAUGCAGGUCUGGCCUCCCUCAUACAGCAGAGAGCAGACCCAUCCACUGAGCCAGCAUGAACAACCUAUGACGUGGCUGUCUGGUGGUGGCUGGCAAGGCUGGGGUGGCCAAUCUCUGAUGUCAAACUUCGGACAGAUGCCUCCCACAGAUAACAGCUGGAAUCACCAGGUGUAUGGUUACACAGAGCCUGGUGGCAAUGUGUACAGUAUGAAUCCGAUGGCAGUGCCAUUCGUUUUUCGUCCAAAUGCUCCAGUGCAGAAACAUGCGCAUCCAUUGCCGAAGCAGCCUUGGCCAACGCAAGCCCCGCCUGAGCCUAGACAGCCAUUUCCGCUGAGCAAGAUGAGAUCCAGGUCUAAAGAAGGGAAGGUCCUAUUUUUGCUUCGUGGCUUGCCAGGAUCUGGGAAAUCAACCUUGGCCAGAAAUAUUAAGGAGCAAGGUCCAAAUGGGGUCAUCCUGAGCACAGACGACUAUUUUGUUAAAAACGGGACUUACUGCUACGACCCCUCGGUGCUUGGCGAGGCGCAUGAAUGGAACCACAAGCGAGCCAGGGACGCGAUGGAUGCAGGAAUGUCACCCAUCAUUAUUGACAAUACCAACACGCACAGCUGGGAGAUGAGACCCUACGUUGCCAUGGCACUGCAAAGGAAAUACAAGAUUGUUUUCAAAGAGCCUGAAACGCCAUGGAAGUUUAAGACCAGAGAACUGGAGAAGCGAAAUGUACAUGGAAUUUCUAGGGAGAAGAUAAUACGCAUGCUAAACAAUUACGAGCGUCACAUGACUGUGGAGAGAAUAAUGGGCUCCUUCAAAUCUACGCGUGACCAUUGGGUGGGACAAGAAGACGUCAAGGGAAAAUCUAAACAGAUGCUUGCCCAGACUCAAAGAGCUGCCUUGCAGCAGGCUGUUAAUCUUGAAAACGGCUCACUGCCGUGUGCAGGGCGACCAUCCAAUGGUUUUAAACAGCAUUCCCUUGGCAAUACAUCUUCUGAAGGGGCUGUAGUGACGGUGAAUAAAAAUAUCGAAGAUAACAGUGAUGCACGUUCAACAGAAAAUAUUCUUCUUCCAGACGUAUUGCCACUUGAAAGUAGGGCGGUUGCUGAGAGGUUGCCAAAAACGUUGGCUUCUGAUUGCCAAGCUGAAGUCGCUGAACCCGACAAAUAUUUUGCAUCGAGCCAAACGGCUGAUAGUGGAAUGAAUGCUGCAGAUAAUGAAGUCACAGAUAAUCCAAUUGCAUUGAGCAUAACGAUGAAAAAAAGGACUCGAACGAGGCACCUAAAGAGUCCAGCCAAACAAAUCCCCCAACAAACUUCUGAUCUUUCGAGAAAUGAAUUUGAUCCAAUAGAUGACUGGCCCUCGGAUACUCCCACUGUCCCACUUGGCCAGAGAGUAAGAAGGCAACGGCAUGACUCAACGCAAAAUACAGAGGAAGUUGAGAGUCAGGCCGCUCCUGAUUUAACAAUUUGUCAUAUCCCUGGGUGUGAAACUGCAGCUUCUGCAAGCGGUGAAGUAAAUGAAAGCCUUGAUGCAGGAAAUGCACAAGAGAUGAGCAUUGAGAAGCUGCAGGAAGAUUUUGAGCCCAGCGCUACCCAGAAGCAACCAGAGAUUGAUGCCUGCAUGCCCGCUGACAUUGUAAGCACUGGGCCUGGAGAAGGAGCCGACAUGGCGGAAGAAGAUGUGUUUUCCGUUAAACAGCCGCACGAUGACACAGGAGCGGAUUUCGAAAAAAACGAGGAAGCCGUGCGUGGGCAGCCUGGGGGCAUUGUCAGUGCAUCAUGCACAGAUAAGGUUACUGCUGCCGUUGAAGGUUGGAUUACAGAACGUUCAGAUAACGUACCUCAUGUUCUGAAAGUGGCCAGUUCAUUGCUCGUUGAUGAAAAUCCCUUCUUGGCCCAGGUAAUGGAAACUGUCCGCUUGAAGCAGAACGAACAGCUGGCCGUUUCCAGUGAUGCAAUGGAAGGUUCUCAUGAUCCGAAAGGUGCAGCUGCCGUUACCUCCAUGCCUCGGUCUGCCAAAACAGUUAAGUUAGUUGCACAUUUCUCACAAGCGUUGAGCUUGCAGAAUGAUGGCAACACUGUGGUCGAUAGCCACGAUAAGUCUGCGCGUCCUUUGGAUCGAAAACAUCAGUCCACUUACACAGCACCAGAGGACUUUGCGUUGAUAUGGAAGGUGACUAAAAACAAAUUGGAUAGUGUUGAUCCAUUUGUAGUUCUAUGCGGGAAUCCAGAUCGAUUUACUAUCCAUAAUGAAGCUGUUGCAACUGCUGAUGAAACGGGCCCCAAUAUUCCUUAUAAAUUAAAACUUGACAAAGGUAUAUUAACAGAAGACAUGGAUAAUCCUGAACCGGAGAGAGAUGCAGAAUAUUUGGUAACACAUUUUAGAUCAGUCAGCAGAGAGGUUUUGGUUGACAUUUAUGAAAAAUGUAACAGGAAUUUAAACUGGGCAGUAAAUGUUUUAAUCGAAUCAGGUGUUGAAAUGUCUGAAGAAAUAACAGAAAAAGAAACUGACACUGAAGCGGCAUCAUUCAUUGAUGAAGAUGUGUUGCAGGAGAUAGAAACCAUGGAGUGUUCAACGAAUCAAAAUACCCAAGUAUUGAACCGUGUAUUGCAUAGUGAUUCAUCAAUGCAACCGGACGUGCUUUGUCACACUGCUCGUGCUCAGCCUGUCAGAAAACAAACUGAAACUGGCCCCAGCAACACAAGCAUCGGCACUGGAAGCAAAGAAGAUGAAAGUGGAAUUGGUUUCUGCCCAAAAAAAUACGAUGUUGAGGAUACGUUGGUUGAUUGGUGGAAAAACACCCCACCGAGGCUUGUCAGUGAAGUAAACACAGCAGUCUUGUCUGAUUGUGGACAUCAGCAAAUGGGUGAAGAAAUUGAUGGUACAACAGGCACUGGUGGCCAACACUUCGAUAAUGUCCAACCUAAAGAAAAUGUUGUACCCGGAGAGAGCAGGCAUGAGGUUUCCUUAGGUCACGAAACUAAAGGUGCCGAUUGUGAAUGUACGUUUGUGAACCAUGAUGUGAACCGUGUGGAAGGUGAAACGGACAAUCCUGCAGAGCGAGAAGAAGGUGACUGCUGUGAAUACAGUGCUGCAAUUCAAGAUGACUCAAUGCUGGACAGAAAGAUUAUUAUUUCCACGGAUGACAAGCUAAGAUCUUCAGACAACAGGGUGCCACGGGCAUCGGAAAGGGCUCGCGCCAGUGAGACGGUGACCACUUGGGAGCAGCUCACCCCUCGGACGGCAAUGGCCCCGGGCAACGCAUCAAACGCCUCGUUGGCGGCACCAGUCCUGGAAGCGGCUGGUACCUCAGAGACGCGGCCUGCACAGCCGGCGAUCACGAGGGGCAUCGAAAUAGAAGCGGGCGCAGUGCAGCAAGCACUGUCUCGCGGGGCGACGGAGGGCAGUGCCGUUGGUCAAGUGCGGGAAGUGGAAGGCGAUGAUUUAUUCGACAAGGGCCCGGGGGCGGGGAGGACUGCACAGCCUUUGGCGGGAGAUGGAGCCAAUGCCCUUCCCCACCUGUCCACCCUGGAGUUCUCCCUCCCCCACGAGCUGGCUAUACAGCUCGUAGAGCUCUUUGGCCCUAUUGGCCUGGAUGAUUGUAAGUUGCUGAGGGUUACAUUAAACACGCACGAGUCUAUUUUGUAUGUUGAUCUGAUGAUUGAUUUACAACCCAUUGUUUGGAUGCAGACUCUUCCCACGCGAGGGGGGUUAUUUGGCCAUACUUCACCACCGCUGAUCAGCGUGUGAAUUGGUGCAGGGGCCACAGGAGCCAGUUUGGAUAUCCCCACUGAUGUUGGCCUUGACCGAGAAUCGGAUACAGAACUCAGUUUGCCAGGUUCAUACCGUUUUAAAAAACUUAUAUUGCAGCACUUACAGCAAAACAUGAGCGAUAAACAGAUUGAGCUGUAAACAAAAAUAUUAGCUUCACACUGAUUACACUGUUCAAUCUGGGUAGCAAUGAGGUGCUUAAUAAAAAGCCUUUGCCACACUUGAAUAUGCUCAGAGGAGCUUACCGGUACGUUUUGUUACAGCAUAGCUGGCUAUUUACAAAAUAUGUAGGAAGAUGGUGACUGGGAUGAUUUAUGUAAUGUAUAUAUGGUAAUGAUUAUGGUAAAUAGUAGAGCCUGUAUCUUAUAACUUUUUGUGAUGUGUGGUAUAAGAUGGUGGGAACAUUCAGCCCCUCAGCUAUCAGUAGUAAUCAUAUUUUGUGUCUUCACACGUGGUAACAAUGCGAGUGAAAAUGUGUCUACGCAAAACACUUGCUCUGCCCUGUCAAGCCAUGGAUUAAAGCCAGGAUAUUAAAUUAAGCAUAAUUCGCUUGCCAGGGUGUUUUGUAGACUGCAAAGGUU